AUGUGGACACGGAUACGCAAGUUUCUGUUCAAUGACCUGAAGCCGGCCAACCUGCUGAUCAGCGAGAGCGGGCGCCUCAAGAUCGCCGACCUCGGGCUCUGCCGCGUCACAGCGCGCCACGGCAAGCGUCUCUAUUCGCACCAGGUCGCUACCCGGUGGUAUCGCGCCCCCGAGCUGCUGUACGGGGCGCGGGAGUACGACGAGGGCGUGGAUCUGUGGGCGGCCGGUUGCAUCUUCGCCGAAAUGGUCAACCACUCGCCCAUCUUUCCGGGCGAGAGCGACAUCGACCAGCUGUGCGUUGUGCUGCAUCUUGGCACCCCGAGCGAGUGCACGUGGCCCGGACUCUCGGAGCUGCCGGACUACAAGAAGAUCACUUUCCCGGAGUCCAAGGCCGUGCGCUGGAGCAGGUUCUUCCCGACGCUUCGCCGGAUGCCAUGGAUCUCAUCAAAAAGUUUCUGAUAUAUUCGUCGGACAAGAGGAUAUCUGCUAAAAAGGCUCUCCUCCACACCUACUUCUUCACGGCUCCCCUGGCGACCCCCGUGAGCCAGAUGCCCCUGCCACGGUCCGAGAAGAGGCCCCCCCCUGCCACGCAAGACUACGUCACGGACUUCCCCAUCCACCACGUUUCGGAUGCCAUUCGGGACCACCUCGAGACGCUGUACGUGAAGGGUUGAGGGUGCUG